UUUUUGUUGACUUCGAAACACGCUCCAACAUGAGGAGAAAAACAACCAAUGCUUCAUACGUCAGCGCUGUCACUUAUUAUGGUUGGUUGGUUGGUUCUAUUUCUGGCUCCGGAAUGUAUUGAAACAGUGUCCACACGCCGUUUUCCAGAUAGCACUGAAAGAUGAAUCCCUGUCGCAAUAUGAUGCGACCUUAUUCUAGCCAUCAAGGUGAUAGUACUCCUCCUAUAAUUGCCCAAAUCUCUGAACCAAGGAGAGGAUAAUAAGGCAGAUGAGUGUUCGAAAUAUCUUUUCCCCUUGUAUCCGAAUUCUUGCAACUCAGAGAUCCAAGUUUAGCAAGCAGGUCAGCCAUUUCGUUGCCAGGGAUAUCCAUAUAACCCGGGAUCCAGACUAACAGUAUUUCCAUGCCUUUGUAUACCGCCAUCUGUAGUUUGUAUCUGAUGUUAAAUGACAGUUCCGAUCCGGUUCCUUUCAAGUCGAGAUUAUUUAGCUGGGUUAAUACGCUCAUCGAGUCCGUAAAAAUUCCAACUCUUCUUAUAUUCUCCUGUAGUGAGAUGUCAAUAGCGCAGAAUGGCCAUGCUUUCAACCAGGAAAAUGAUAUGGGAGUCGUGUACACGGAUCGCCUCUCUGGCUUCAAGGAAAGGAGAAUACACCCCGUACCCAGCCCCGUACCCAGCCCCACCAUCAGGGAGCACAGAACCAUCCGUGUAUAUUUCUCUGUCCAGGAAUCUCCAUCUAUGCCACAGAGGCCAUUCCGCGAUUUGGUCAAGCAAUAUGUUCGUCGCAGUCGUAGACAUAAGUCCUAGAAUAAUGCGAGCGCAUCCGAAUUGAAUUCUGCUCAAAGGUAAUAGCCGAUGUGGAGUAGUCUCCGUGAGGAGACCAAGCCCCCUCAGUCUAACAUUGGUCUGAUGAGACCUCUGUAAACUAUGAGAAGGGUGGCGGGAUGACACCCCCAUUUGAUGCCAGCAAAUGACUUGAGAAGAUUAACACGUUUCAGGCAGGAAAUUCUAAUUUUGGUUAUGUGAGUCCUUCAGCUUAGGUUUGUAUCAAACGAAAACCCCAAAAACGUGGCUCCUGGAGAGAUCGGAAUUAUUUCGUCAUGUA